AUGCGAGAGGGAGGGGAAGAGUCCAUAGCCGCCGCCACCAUCGCUGAUCCGCCCACGAGCCACCGCCGGAACCACGACCAGAGGAAGACGUCACCGCCUUCCCUUCAUGUAUCUUUCUGCCGCCACCGUGGAGUGCGUCGCCGGGAAGGGGAGCCUGAGCUGCCGAUCUACCCAGCCGUGGAGUGUGUCGCCACCGUUCAUGCAUGCUCCUGCCACGGCCGAUCUACCCAGCUACCGUCGCUCUUCGCCUUCUGCAUCUACUUCUUUGUGGAGGUGGAGGUGAGGGGUGGGAGAAGGGGAGACGGGGAGGGGGAGGGGACGCGGGGUGGGGUGGGGUGGGGAAGGGAAGACGGGGAGGGGGAGGAGGAAGGGGAAAGGGUGGAGGGAAACGGCAGCGGCGUUGGUGGUGGUGUUAGUGGUGGUGUUGGUGGUGUUGGUGGAGGUUGUGGCAGUAGUGUUGGUGUUGGUGGUGGUGGUGGUGGAGAAAGAUGUCCCAAGCAAAAAUGUCAUAAGUUGGAUUGGGUGAUAGGAGUAGUGCGUGUGGAAUUGAUGAAGGAUGAGGAUGGCGGAUGA